AUGAGUUUGGAUGAGCGUCGGGCACUCGAAGCGCUGAAAGAGGACAAUAAUAGCACCAUCGAUGGCUGGCAGGAUGACUACGAUGACUUCAGCUUUGGCAACGUCUGCGAUGGAACAGAGCCGCUCGCCAUCAGCCAUGCUGGUGGCGAGUUCACUGACCUUGCAAGAGAGGUUCUAGGAGACUUUUGGAAAACCAACAAUCGUGUUCGACGGGUGGAUACCCGCACCCGUCGUGAUCGUGUCCUCCGUAGGAACAAGGCGUUUGCUGAGCAGCUGCCAGCGAUAACGGACGCGUACCUUGCGUGGAGCCUGGCAAAAUGUAAGGAAGGGUUUUUUGAGAGAUUGGAGAGGGAGAACCUAGGGCUGGAUGGCUUUGACUACGGUCAGUGGCCGAUGAGCGUGAUAGACGUGUUCUACGCUGAGAAAGUCAUUCUUCGAAUCUUGCCAGCAGACGCCACUAUCAGCAGUGCGCUCGUUCGUCAAGGCGUGAUGCCUUCUCUGGACUUAUACCGUGUAGCACAUCUUAGGAGCCCUCAAUUGUCUAUCCAGGCUUUCGUCAAGACUAUGUGCGACUUACAUGGUGUUAGUUUCCACAGACAUCUAUCUCGGCAAUUCUCGAUUGCGUUCGAUUUAUAUCUUCAAGUUCGACGCUCCGUGGCAGCCAUGGUAGCCGAAUCGUUACGACGCAACACGCCUGUCCCGCAUUUGACAUUUAGCUUACUCUACGCUAUGGACGGUAACGACUCUUUAAAAAGAGUCCUUCGAAGAUCCUUGGAUACUGACGAGUCCCUCGGUACAUCUUCAGAACUUCCAACAGGGCAGCAACUGGCAAGUGACCGCUACCUAUCCCGCACUUUUGUAGAUCAGUUCGCGCGGGACUCCACUACUGCAGGUGAUGAGGACGCACAUCUCGAGAACUUGUGCGAAGCGCGCUGGAAGAACAUGGACGAUACGAAGACCAAGAAAGCAUGGGGCAUUUACGACGAAACGGGCAUUUUUGUGGCCGUGUGCCGCCACGGAUUCUCUCUCCUUGUUGCAGAUAUGGUACAGAGCGGGGAGCUCGCAAAGUAUCCUCUAGCCGUUGUCUCAAAGUUGCUGGACGUAUUUGGAAGCAAUCUGGGCGGUGGAUAUGACAUUGGAUGUCAAUUCAAGACCACGCUUGACAACAGUUCCCUCGGACCCCUCGCACGGUCUAUGCAUCACACUUGUCUUGUCGGCGCCUUCCACGGACAUGCGCACCGGCGAUUGUGCCAACUGUACUCGCUUACCACUUACAUCAAAGACUUGCGAACGGACGUUUCAAAAUCCAAUUCCUUAGCGUCGGCACUACGGUACGCAAGCGUCUUCCAUAGACAACAGGCCAUCGACACCUACUUCGAGCACAAUGAUGAUUUUGAAGUCUACGCUAAUCUUUCCGACUUUUUAUACAACAAUUACAAGCAGGCGCUUGAUAUCUUGAGCGACGGAGACGCGACCCUACCAAACCUUAUGCGAGAUCUCAAAGUUACGGACGUAGCAGUUUUCGAGGGCUGGCUGGCGGAAGAAAAGGUAUAUCUUCAAAGUCUGACGCGAGAACCCGAGGUCGAAACUCUGCAGAUGGAAUAUUGGCAGAAGUUAGUUAAUCUUACUGCGAGCGAGGAAAUUCUACGCGCUUCAAUGACAUCAUUCCAGGGCUCAUCGCACCUCGAGGCUGUGCCAUACGAUGUGCACGUCAAGAAUACUCGCAACGCUGAGACUGCCCGACGGCAUGCUUUGGAGGACCAUGAGAGAUAUUUGAAGCUCGUCCAGGCACUGGAGUGCAAGCUCGAGGUCGAGAAACGCUGGACUCCGCACGAUGGAGAGUGGCAGAGGGUUGGGAGGCUCGUGGCCAAUCGGAAAUACCAGCGUGCCCUGGACCGUCUCGAAGGAUUAAUUGUGGCACGCAUAUUUGAGCUAACGAGGAUGAACCGUGCGGGCACAGGCGUUACAAAGUGUUCCGUCGCCAUCAGAACUGCCCUCACCACAUACAACACUAUUGCUGGGUCAAUGCACCCUCCCCGCCGGACGCUUAAGUGGGAUGAGGUCGUAGAGUAUGCGUUCCUCGCAGACUUCGACUUACUACGUGAUACGUGCCGCGAUGGACCUCUACUUCAAAACGUGUCGUGCUGUGAAGAGAUCGAGCGUCUCGAUAUUGAGGUACGACGCCUCAUUACCUAUAUACGCGAUGAAGAGAGGUAUCUACGGGAAUGCGAGAAUCAGUUACAAGCCACCAGCCCAGCCCUUGCACAUCAAAUCGCCAUCCACCGAAACACUCGAGGUCGCUUCAACUCACGACAUCUCAAACGACUCUACGACAUUUCGAAGCUUCCAGGUUUCAGAGGGACGCUAACCCCUGGUGUCAGUGCGAACACAAGUCCCGGCGAGAGCGCGAGUAUAGCUAAUGCACAGAUCCCCACCCGCAUGAUUGUUCAACCCCCGCCUGUUCAUCACACCGCAUCGUCCUUAGCCGAAGAGGACGAGGUAGUGGAGCAAGUAUCUAGGAGUUUACAGGACGUCCUCCUUGUUGCGGAUGACUUUUCACGCCUUGGAAUUCAUGGUGAUGCUGAGGAGUAG